GAAUUUUAAUUUUAAUAUAUGAGUGCUUUGGAACUAUUUAAAGUACUCGGAGAUGAGUCGAAUAAGCCUCCUCCAACACCAAAACAUAUAUUAAAGAAAAGAAUACAGUCUCAGCCAGAAAAGGCUAAAAGAUAUUGGCCAGGAAAGGCUCCAGAUUUUGCAGUUGAGGAGGAUAGCUUCUCAGAUGAUUCAUCGCAUGAGGAGGAACCUCAAAUUUUGGCAGAUAAUGAACCGGAUCGCAGAUUAAAUAGAUAUAAAAUAACAGGGAUUGAAGAACCUCGGGAUGUGUCAGAUAGAAUUAGAAGAAGGAAAGCCCAGGUUGAAACCAUCACUGUAUAUGAGUCAACACAACCAAAGGAUGAUAAAACAAAUGAUGAUAAACUGCCCACAUCAGUCCCUGACGGUGAUUCCCAACUAACUGAGAAAAAACUCGAUAGAAGUACUCUUAGGAAACUUGCUCUAGAGUAUCGUAAGCGGGAAGAGGAGUCAGCUCCUAAAACUGUCGAAGAGGAGGUGGAGGAGUCGGAAAGUGACAGUUCAGAAGAGUCUGAAUACCAGGAAGAUGAAGCUGGACCUGAGGACCUGGACGUUCUCUCAAAACCAGUUUUUGUUCCCAAGGGUAGUAGGAAAACAGAAUCUGAGAAGGAGCAACUUAGGAAAGAGGAGGUUUUAAGGAGGGAAAAUGAGAAAAAAAGACUAAUGGAGCGUAAAAAGGACACUAAGGAGAUGGUAAUACAAAAGGUCCAGGAACUUGAGGAAGAGCCUGAACCUGAGGAUGAACUCAUAGAUGAUACUGACACGUUCGACGAGAAAGAGUAUGAGCUUUGGAAAAUCCGGGAGCUUAAAAGAAUUCUAAGGGAUAAGGAGGAAAGGGAAAAAUUCAAAAAAUUGGAGGAGGAAGUUAAGUUGCGGCGUAGUAUGACUGAUGAGGAGCGCGAGCUGGAUAACCAGAAAGUAGAUAAAGUUGUGGUUGAGAAGGGUAAACUACGUUUCCUCCAGAAGUACUACCACAGGGGUGCUUUCUUCAUGGAUAAGUUACAGGAUAAAUCAGAACCGCUCUAUGCAAGAGACUUUAAUGCUCCAACUGCAGAAGACUGCGUAGAUAAGUCAUUACUACCCAAGCCUAUGAGAGUAAGAAGAGGCCUGUAUGGAAAACAGGGCCAGGUCAAACACACUCACUUGAAGGAUGUGGAUACUACACAAUUCGACGCCUGGUCAAAAACUGAUAAAUACAAACUUACAGGAACUAAACAGGUCUUUGACAGGCCUUCCAAAAAGAAGUAAUAUUUACUACACAAACUGUACACUAAUUUAUAAUAUCAUUUUAAAAUUAUU